GCUUUUCUAAGGAAGGCCUUGAGGGCCAGCUCCAUCGCCACAUGGGCGUCCUCAGGGCACUGUGCCAAGAGCUCACCUGGCAGAAGGCUCAGCAGGAGGUGGGGCGAGCGUUGGCUGAUUGCGAGCAGAGGAUCGCUGUGCUCCUGAGAAGCGCUUCCGACGUGCACAGGAUGCUGCAGUCCAUGGCGGGAAAAGCACCGAAAGCCGGGGGGAGUGUGCCCACAGCUGACAAUGGCGGCAGGGACUCUCACAGUGACGUGCCCCCUGGGACAGCAGAUAAUCAGCCAUCCACUGAAAAGGCUGUGGAACCCAUUAAGAAUUCUAGCGUGACAUCAGAGUUAAAGACUCAAGAAGAAGAAAGUGUUACCGAGAAUCAUGAGAGAGGUCACAGUACAUCUACAAGUAGCUUACAAGAGAGCUAUGAUACACAAAAAGAGAUUCUUGAGGUACAUCUACAAAACACCAAGUUCAGGAUUACUUCUGAUUUCUCCACUGACAAAGAAAGGAGCAGUGCUUGUCUGCAGGAGAAACUGACAGAGCUCCAGGUCUUAAAAGAUGAAACCGAUGCUUACUGGAAAGAGUUUGAAAUCACCUCACUGAGGUUAGAGAAUCUAGCAAGUGACACAGAGAAGCCUGCAAUAGUGAAGGCGAGGGACAGACUAAAGGGAGAAGAAAGUGAGCUCCAGAAGCCUCUUACUACCAGAAUUGAGUCUUUAGAGCUGGCACUGCAGGUCGUGCUACCCAUAGAGAAGGAGACUGUCCUUGUGUGUGGCUCGGACCUGCCCCUCUGUGCAGUGGCUGUCCAGGAAUUUCGACUUACUAAUGCUGGUGGGAUUUAUCAAAACCUGGGGGCUCUCCAAGAUUCCAUAGCAAAACAGAUCACCCUAUGUACCAACUUCGAGGAGCCAGGCAGCUUGGGAUUAAAGGGAUUGCACCCAUUUGAUCUACACGCAACACAGGAUAUUCUACUGAAAUGCAAAACACAGCUUGAAAUGGUGAGCUGCAGGGCCCGGAUGCAAGACGAGGCCCUGCGGGCUCUUGAAGGCUUUCUGGCCUCUCUAAGGACAGCUGAACAAUCCGAGGGGCUCGGUACCGACCUCCCCACCUCAGGGGCCCAGGUGGCACCAGAAAAUACUAACUCAGCAAAAGAUGUUCAAGGAGAAAUUCACCUGAUGAAGGACAGGGCCAGACAUUUGGACAAACACUUGCAGAAGCUGGACAUCAGCCUUGAAGAUGCUGAACAAGGGGAGGUCACCUCCUGUGAGAAACUUCUUGAAACCUUGUCAGCAAGGUUAUUAGAGACACAUGGCCACAGAGGACAGGAGGAAGACACUGGAGAAAGCAAAUUAUUAGAGGCCUGUACUUCCAAAAAUAAUGAGCUAUUUAAAAAUAUUCAAGAUGUGCAGAAUCAGAUCAGUAAAAUUGGCCUAAAGGAUGCUACUGCUCCAGCUGUGAAACAGCGGAAAAAGUCAUUACUCAGACUAGAGAAAGAUCUAGAAGAAUAUGAGGAAGAGAAGAACCACUUACAAGAAAUGGCCAGUUCUUUACCACAAUUCAAAGAUGGCCGAGAAAAAACCCUGAACCAACAGUGCCAAGAUACAGUGGUCUUGUGGGAGACAGUGAAAGCUUCUGUCACCGAAUGUCUUGAACAGUGUGGAAGAGUUUUGGAGCUCCUAAGACAAUACCAGAAUUUUAAAGGUGUCUUGACCACUUUGAUUCAAAAAGAAGAGAAUGUCUUCUCCACGCAGGCUUCAUACAUGGGGAAGGAGAACCUGAAGAAAAGGAUAGCAGAGAUUGAAACUGUCAAAGAAGAAUUUGCUGAACAUUUAGAAGUGGUAGACAAGAUAAACCAGAUCUGUAAAAAUCUACAAUUUCACCUGAAUAAAAUGAAAACCUUUGAAGAGCCCCCUUUUGAAAAAGAGGCCAAUGUUAUUGUGGACAGAUGGCUUGAUAUAAAUGAGAAGACAGAAGACUACUAUGAAAAUCUUGGUCGAGCUCUGGCUUUGUGGGACAAACUUUUUAACUUGAAAAACAUCAUUGAUGAAUGGACUGAAAAGACCCUGCAAAAAAUGGAAUCCCAUGAACUGACUGAAGAUGACAGAGAAAGACUGAAGGUGAGUCCACAGAGAUAAAGUAGACGCUCUGCUUGUCCACACCUGACACUGCAAUAUUGCGUUUGCUUUCUUGGAGCAGGAUAGA